AUGAAAAGAAAAUAUGAUAGAGAAAAUAGCUCAGAAUCUGAUUGUUCUUCAUUAAGUUCUCAUUCACAAUUGGAAUACAAUUGUGAAAACGAAUUAUCUAAAAAAGGAAAAGAAUUAGCAAAUACAAAAACAAACAUUGAAGACCAAAUUAUUCAAAACACAGAAAUACCAAAAUCGCAUACUGUUAAGGUCGUGCUGUCUACUGAAAAUGACAACGAAAAUAUACCUAAAUCAUACUGUGAAAAUGGUAAAAUAAUCAUUGCAUAUUUUUGUGUUCAGAUGAAUCACAAUAAAAUGUAUUAAAAUAAAUAUGAAACUGUUGUAGGCAAUAUUUAUUGAUAUACUACAUCUUGAUGCAGUUCCAUACAAUAAUAUUCAAAGAUAUUUUUGUUUUAGAUUUAUCACAACAAACGUGUAAUGUACACAAAACAGAAUUGAAUAAUGUAGACAAAUCCAAUGUAAAUAAAGGAGAUAUGUUGUUGGAAGCUAUAAGUAGUGAUGAAGAUAUUGCAAUGAACAGUGAAGAAGAUGCACUGGUUAUAUUUCACAUUAAUUAUACACAAUUAACAUGAUUUUUACUUUGUGAAAAUGAGUUUAGUUACAUUAUUGUUUCGUUUUUCUUUUUCAGAAUAGCGAUAUUGGUGAAAGUUAUAAUGAAUAUACAGAUGAUAUGAUUAUCAAAGAUUUUAGCCCAUCUAUAUUUGAAGCUACUCCACUUCGAGUGAGUGAAUUAUAUUUUUAGACAUUGAAAUAAUUAUAGCAAGCUAUUCUAAACAAGUUAUAUGCUUAUCUAUAAUAUGUUAUAUUUAUAGAGCAUCCAGGAUCCAUCUUUAUCUUUAUUUGAAUUUAUUCAUAGAAAAUUGGGUGAUGAUUCUAAAUGUGAUGAAGUUUCUGAACUUGUGGAUUGCUUAGAAUAUUUAUUAUCAAAAGACAUUGACAUAAAUGAAAAAUGGAUUGAUAUGGCAGAUCGAAUUGUUUUAAUUUUACCUAAAACUUUAUGUCAUGUUUUAAAUAUUCCAGGUAUGAUAAAAUUCAUAUACAUGCUAUUACAUUUACGUUAAACUGGUUUGUUGAUAAAUAAUUUUAUAAUAUGUUUUAUUUUGUUAGAAUAUUGUCAUAAGUUAUUUUCGUUGGUGAAUAUAACACUUGAUUUCAAUUGUGCUCUAAAGGAGCAUGUUUCGAUGACAACAUUAGUUAUUCGUCAUUUAAAAAUUGGUCUCAAAAUGAUCGAAGCACUUUGCCAUUACAAUGAGGAUUUAUCCGAGCAUCUUAUUAAACACCAUCAAAUUCAUAAUAAGUUAAUUAAUCUAUUUUUUGUUGAACAUAUGAGUCUAUCUCUUAAGUUGAAUAUCUUGCGUACCUUAGAUUCUAGUCUUAAUGGUUCUGAACCUAUAAGGCUGUUUUUAUUUGAUGAAGUUUUUGAUGACCUUAAUGGAUAUAGUACUUUAUUGAAAAUAUUAUCAAUACAUCAGAGACCACGUGUAUGCUUUUUAGUGACUAGUAUUUUAAGAAAACUUCAUUUAUAUGAGUUAUUGCAAAAAAUAAAUGACCAUACAAAAAUUUUGGAUUUAGAGUCUGAGUUGAUAUUACAAGAAUGUUUGACAGAAAUAAAUACUAUAUAUAUUAAAGCUCCCAUUUUAAUGGGUUGUCCGAAAAGGUUUUUACAAGCUCACGCCCAGUUUGAGCUCACCCCAACAUUAACACACUAUGAUGUUUAUUCUACUAUUUAUAGAUUAUUUGAUGAAUCAUCGCUCAUCAACUGUAUUACAAAUCUAUUAGAUCAACCAAUAAUUAAACAUCCUUUAGAACAAAUUAUACUAAAACUUUUGCAGAGUUUGUUGAAUUGUGAUCAUGGCCUCAGGUAUUUGGGUUGCAGACAUAAAGAGGUCAACAAAUUAAUAAAAGUUCUUGCCAAAGUUAAUCCAGAGUUCAAACUGGUACUAAUCUACAAAGUCAAAGUAUUAGCUCUUGUAGAUUAUUUGAACUAUUUUUGGGAGUGUAAUUUAUUGCAUGAUUUUAAAUUACAUCAAAUGGAUUCUGUUGAUAUACUCCAUGAUGUGUUUUUACUAACUCAAUCUUCAAUCGGAAAAUCUGCUGUAGUGCACGUCUUGACUAUGGGAGAUAAUUUGGAUGUUAUUCUAAAUUUUUUUAAAUAUAUGGAACAAUCAAAAUCAAAAACAAAUGAUUUACAUAUUAUGUAUGCAUUUGAUUUAAUGAUAACCAUUAUGGAAAAUGCAGAAGAUGUAAGCUAUUUAAAAAAAUAUGGUUCGUUGAUAUAUGAAUUGGCAUGCAAACACAUAAUUAAUGAUCUAAUUGCUUGGACAUUACCAGCAAUGAAACACACUACAUUUUUUCAUGAUGAUGUUAGUGAAUUGUGUAAUAUUGUCAAAAACAAUGUAGAUAAUUGUUUACACAUAAACAAAACGUUAAUAACUACUUUACGAAUUUUAAAAUACUUAGGAAUUUCAAAUGACGAAUCAGUGUUUGAUGGAGUGGACGAUUUCGUUGAGCUUAAAUAUAAAUAUAUUACUUUACAAAUGUAUUCAUACGAUAUGUUAGGAAAUUUAUUAACUAUUGUUGAUAAGAUAUGUGACAAUUAUAAACAACCUUCUGUAAAUGUUUGGAAAUUAACAAGCAAUAAAGCCAAGAAUAUAAUAUCUAUUAUUUGUCCUUCUAUGGUAUUGAUUAGAUGUAUGCUCACACUGUUAAUACAAAGCAGAGGAAAUAUGUUCAAAGAUUUAUCUCCUAUCAAAAUACUUCUAAAACUAUACAAUUUAAUGCAUCAUGUUCCUGAAUGUUCUGUAAUCCGAGAAGAUGCCAUAAAAGUAAUCAAGGAUAUAACCAAAACAUUUAAGGCUUAUGUAGAAAUCAAAAUUGGAUCUUCAGUUAUAGGAGAAGUAUUAGCCUGGACAUUAUCCUGUCCAUCUCUUUUUUAUCCUGGAUUAGUACUAUUAUGUAAAUUAUUACCUCCGCCAUUACCAAUUCAAACUCUGAGACCUCUAGAGGAUUCCGUUGUUACGUCACUAAAAUCUUUCCGUAACACGUGGGUGGAUCACUUGUCUAAAUUAAAUAUUGAUUUGAUUGAUCUUAUUACAAUUUUGGGUACAAGUAAUUUAUUAUUACAGCCUAUGUUAUGUUUAUGUGUUAAAAUUUCUGAUUUAAGUAUUUCCAUGUGUUUGUUUGUUGCACAGUCACUAUUGGAUGUAAUAAUAAAUGUUGAUAACAAUGAUAGUUUCAACAGGUAUUUAGAUUUUCUCUUACAGUUAUGUGGAAAUAAGAAACAUAUAGCAUUGAAAACUGGAAUCCUACAAAUAUUAAAUGAGGAAAAAACGCAAGAAAAUUAUGAAAAACUCAUUCAAAAAAUAUGUCAAAACAUUAAAGUAGAUGAGCAUGAACAUUCUAUUUUGUUCAUACAAUGUUUAUGUGAUAAUGAUAAAACAUUAUGUAAUACUUAUUCCGAAGAGAAUUUACCUGAACCCAGUGUUCUGAACAAAAAGUUUUUAAACACUAUCUUAAAAGCACUUUUGAGUUUAUUUGAAACUUGUACACAACUAAGUACAUUAUCCUUAAUUAUGAAGACAUGCAUAAUGAUCAUUCAAAACGAUUAUGGAUUUUAUCAAUUUAAAAUAGUUUUAGAUUCAUAUCCUAAGCCUUUUUAUAAUGUUUUCAACAAUAUAUUACACAAAUGGAAUAAAUCAGAUUACCACUGUGUAAGUACUUUAAAAAAUACUAUAAAACUAAUAGACUCUUGUAUUAGACAUAAAAUCCAUUCAAAAAGAUUACUAUAUAUGAAUACAAAUCAGAUAAAAGGGUAUUUGGAUUGGUUAAAUGUUCCUAAAGAUAAUCAUCCAAUAAGUUUAUUAAAAGAAAUUACACAAAAAGAUGACUCUAUUUGUUAUAAACAUUUAAUUGAUUUAGCUGAAUUUUUGAAUAAUAACCAAGAAUCAAUAGUAGAAUUAACUGAACCACAACUUCCUACAGUUGACUAUUUGGCGAUUACAUUUAAAGAUAGACAUUUUUAUAUUGUUGAAAAUAUUGACAAAAAUUAUAUAAACCCUAGUAAUGAUUUGAGUUCUGAAGCUUUAAAGAAUCUGGAAGAGUGUAGUAUUGAACAAGUUAUGGCAGAAUUACCCGAUUUCAAUAUCAAAGAUAAAAUAAAUGAUUUAUUUAAAAUAGAAGAAUGUAUUGUUCAAACAGAACCAAUUGUACAUCAACAAGUCGAGCCUGUUGUAAUUGAGAAAAACGAAAAGGAUAACAAUGUGAAUACAUCGGGUAAAAACACAAUUUACAAAUAAAUUUGUAAUAAUAAGUUUAUUAUUUUAUUAAUCUCUUACAGUUAUAUCUACAAUGCCUAUACGCCAUAAAGUAUUUAGUAGACUUGGGACAAUACAACGAUCUGAAACAUUCCGUUAUCGUUUACCAAACACAUCAAGACCACCAUCAUUACAUGUUGAUGAUUUUGUUGCUAUGGAAACGAGAAGUAUAAGUGCUCGACAGCCUGGUUUCAAGUUGCCUAUUCAGCCCAUUCAAGUAAGGUUUUAUUAUGUUAUACAAUAAGAUACCUUAAGUAUUUUAUUAAAAAUAAAAUAAAAAUCUGUACUAAAAAACUAAAAAUCAUUUUAAAAUUUGAAUCUAAUAAAUAGUAAACAUUUUUUGAUAUAAUUAUUGAUACACACUAACUAUUGUUCAAUUAAUUAAAUUUUUUAUUUAUAUAAGGAUCUAAAUAUUAGACUAAGGGAGAGACAGAUGGCAUACAAACAUACAUAUGACUUAGAUAAGCCAUUUAUGUUCAGUCCAUAUAAAUCACAUUUAAGUAAGAUUUUUAAUUUUUCUUUUUUUAAUUUAUUAAAAAAUAAACUUAUAAAUUUGAUAUAAUUUUUAGGUUUACAUAGUUGGCACGCACAGGUUAAUGCCAUGGCUCAUUUACAUGCAAAUUAUCAUCAAACAAUUAGUAGUAGGCAACAAACAAUUAUUAGUAGACAUCAAACAAUUAGUAGCAGACAUCAAACAAUUAGUAGCAGACAUCAAACAAUUACUAGUAGACAUCUUGAACUUCAAAGGCAUUCAUUGGUUGCCGAGUGGAAUCAACUCAGAAUAGAAGCUGAACUUAGAAAAAAAAGAACCUACUCUAGGCGAUAA